AUGCUCUACAAAACGCUUGGCUCCUCUUACACUUUUCUCGGCCUUCACCUGGCACCGCUACUAUUAACAAUACUACCACCACAACCCCUCGUAUCCGCAUUCGUAACAGUAUACUACCAAGAAGGCCAGCGGCCUCUAUCCACAUCCACAGGGACAGGGACAGCCGACGCAGCAGCAGCCUCCUAUACCGGCUCAGCAGCAUACAACCCGCUGAUGCUCCAGGCGCCCCCGCCCCCCGGGCCCUCAGCGAUGCCCAACGCGUUUACCAUCGCGUUGCAGUCUACCGUCCCGCCUGGCGCAUCUAUACCCCAAACAGGGGGGUUCUUUGGGUUUUCGAUCGAGAUGAGCGUCGUUAACCAAGUGUUAGGAACCAACGGAUCCAUAAUCCAAGUCCCCUUUCUCAACCUCAUGUCCAACAUCCAAUCGCGCGCAGGGAGGAUAUACAUCCGCGUAGGCGGGAACACCCAAGAAACAGCCGUCCUCGUCGACCGCACCUCCGACGGACGCAUCCUCGAAAAAGAUCUCUCAAACGUGACCAACCCCACAUCAACCCCCCCACUAAUAUACACCAAAGAGCUCCUCUACAUGCUGCACAACAUCUCCUCCCUCGUCAACGUCCGGUGGUACCUCGGCGUGCCAUUCAACGACUCCGCCAACUUCCGCCUGGGCAUCGCAGAGCAAGGCCAGGCGAUUUUGGGCGAUUUCCUCGUUGGGCUGCAGGCGGGGAAUGAGCCUGAUUUGUAUGGCGAUCAUGGGCAUCGACCGCCUACAUACGGCCCAUACGACUACUUUGGCGAAUUCGGCGUACUAGUCAACGCGAUGAACAACGAUGGAAAUAUCCCGAACCGCGGGCUUCUCAUCGGACCGAGUGUGAGCACGGGCAAGUGGACGCCAGAGCAGAUUUGGGAUACGGGCUUUGUGGAUGCGUAUAGUUCAAGUCUUGCGUAUCUUUCUGUUGAACACUACCCAACAGACAACUGCUACGCGCAAUACGGCACCGGCACACCACGCGACGCCCAAUCCCUCUUCCCAACCUACCUCACCCACACAUCCGCACAAACCAUCCUCGCCCCCUAUCUAAACUCGACGACCUACGCACAGAGCAAAAGCAAGCGGAUGUUGAUGUUCGAGACGAACACGGCGUCGUGCGGCGGGUUCGCGGGGAUAAGCGAUGCGUUUGGCGCGGCGCUUUGGGGGGUAGAUUAUGCGCUGCAGAUGGCGCAUUCGAAUUUUUCGGGGGCGCUUUUUCAUGUUGGGGGGCAGAAUGUUUAUUAUAAUCCGUUUACGCCACCCCCCACGAACCAGAGCACGUUCCGAAAAUGGACAAUCGGACCAAUAUACUACGCCGCACUCGUAACAGCCGAAGCACUCGGUCCAUCCAACACCACACAAAUCCUCGACCUCCAAGCGAACAAUAAUAAUGUCUAUACGCCUGCGUAUGCGAUAUAUGAAGGUGGGACGUUGAAGCGCGUGGUGGUUGUUAAUUUUGCGUCGGAUUUGAGUGGGGGGAGUGAUUUGGAGGUUUCGUUGUCGUUGGUGCUUGGUGGUGGAGGUGGGGGAGGGACGGUGCAGGUAAAGUAUUUAAGAGCGGAUAGUGUGGCGCAGAAGGGCAAUUUUACGUGGGGCGGGCAGACGUUCGGCGCGACGUUCGCGUCGGAUGGGCGACUUGAAGGUGUCGAGUCCAUCCAGAGCGUGUCCUGCUCCACCUCCGACUCCCAGUCCCAGUCCCAGUCAGGAGUGUGCACGAUCAAAGUCCCCGCCCCAUCAAUCGCACUGAUAUUCCUCACCCCCGACGCACAAACAGAGGGUAAAGGCGGUGUACCACGUGCACCUGCGGGCACGUUCGCGACGUCGCUUGUUACGCGGACGAGGAAUACGGCGACGGUUGAUCCGGGGGUGCUUGCUACGUCGAAUGGGCAUACGGGGAUGGAUAGGGUUGUGGGGAGUACGAGUGAGGGGAGGGUGAGUGGUGCGUUGGGGAGGGCGGGUGUGGGUGUGGGUGGGGUGGGAGGGGUGGUUGCGCUUGGGAUGGGUGUGUUGGGCGGGGUGGUGUUGGGGUUGUACACCAAAAUAAUGGAUUAA